CCAUCACGAUUAAGACACUCAUUUCAUCAGUCAUGUAUGGAUCCUCAGAUGACCAAAUUUAAAUUUAGCAUUGUAUGCAUAUCGAGUGAAGAAUUUAGUAUUUAAACAAUUGAGCGUACGGCACCUUAGAACCCCGUCGUAACAUGGAGAUAGAAGUACAUGCAACCGGCGGAGUUGCGGAAAGCGCGCGAAUAGAAAAGUGCGGAACGACUACCAGCUGUUGUAACAUCGACUGUGAAGAAGAUUUUAGCAGGACUUACGGUAUUUGUGUGAAAAUAAGACCAGUACGAAGAAGCUGUUCACAGCCUUCCAGAUUAAGACGAACUAUCGAGGAAACUAUUAUGGAAGAACCUCAAUUAGAAAAGGAAGAAUCAGUUAAAGAUGCUGAACAAGAUUCUGCAAUUGGGAUUGGAAAUAAUCAUUCGCUAAAAUCAGAAGACAAUUCAGUUUCUCUAUCAUUAGACGCGACACCAACCACACAGGAAGAAUCAGAUUUAACUUGUGAUUUAUCUGCAUUCUCUUCUAUUAUUGAACAAAAAAAUGAUCUAUUUGACCAACUAGUUUCUCAUUUUGAUAAACGGGAUAAAAACGAUACGCUAUCUACCAAUACAAACAGAGGAAGAUCUCGUAUCAAGCAAAUCCCAACUCGCAGUUCUUCUUUCCAUCCAACAAGAAGACGAAUAUAUAGUUCGCAACACACUGUUGCCAGAUUAAAGCAGAAAAAUAACAUUGGCAGUACCGACUAUCUUAAUGUACCAACUUCUAAAUCUGUUGGAUAUAAAAGACAAACUUCUACUCCUGAAUCGAGCUCAACAAAUUUAGAAGAAAGUUCGAAUUCUAAUCUCGGAAUAUCCAGAAUACGAGCGUUGAGCACAUCUAGUGUAGGAACUUCAAAUAAUGAUGAAGAACUAAAUAAUAUUCUUACAUCAGAUUCAGCCGUGACGUCAUCUGAUCUUCUUGAAGUCAGCAGUUCAGUAAUAAAACAUUCGGCAUUACCAAAACGAUUCAACAACGAACUCUACCGUCAAAAGUCAAACUCUUGCCAAACUUUAGAUAAACCUAGCAAAAAUCGAAAAUCGGCACCUGUGUUUUUGAAUUCAUCCAGUACCAAUAUGUUGCGUUCUCACCCCACACAUCGUUCUAUGACCCCGGAUAUUACGUCACAGCGAGGGCGUGCGUUUUGUUUCAGCCCUACCCCUAACGGACUCCUUAGCCCGAGUGACAGUAGGGGUAGCUUAGACAGGAUGACCGCGGAUACGAUAGAUCGACGUCGUGUGCGAAAAAGGGCAAGUGAUAAAUUCAAUGAUACCAUACAAAGCGUUGGACAGUUAUCGGAGAGGGGAAGCAGUUUUUCUUCUCUCCCACCGCGUUCUAGAAGUGUUAUAGGGAAUAUAUCGCAAGAUUCUGAUCAAUGGAGCACUAGUUCUUUACAUGGCGUAGAACCAGCCCGGGACAAACCUAAAGAGUGGUCCGAACCUACAGGAUUUUACUUAGACAAAAACGGUCGUGUUCGUCAAACGAAAGACCACCGGAAUAACAACAAUCCGCCACCUUCUCUUCCGCCCGAUUGGCUUCGAGAACGUGACGUCACUACAUGCUCCGUUGGGUCAUCAAAUAACGAGCGUCUGGUACCCUCGGAUGUCGAGAAUUCAGAUGUAGCGCCCAGACCGCAUAUGCCAGAUCUCGUUCAAAAUACGCAGUCAAACGAAGCUACGAUGCAGACAAGUCAACAUGAAUCUUCUGGAAGACAAUCGGCUCUGGAUAUCGCCCUUCAUGAAGAUCACGAUUCUAUCAUGAGAUUGGCAAAAAUUCGGGAGGACGAAUUCACAAUGAAAUUGAUAUCAGCAAUGAGAGAGCUGAAAGACAUAGCAGAUGUUGCUCGUAUUAUUGAUGAAGUAGACGACGAAGAAUGGUUAUUAGUUUUUAUUGGAGAACUUGAUCACAGGCUUCAUUAUUUAAUGAAAGCAGAAGAGGAGGAAGAAGAGAACCUGAAGACCACGAAGCAAAUAUCCGCGAAAAGGCGACGAUUCUUGACGUUGCUCUGGACUUGAUAUCUUUUCUAAAAGAUCGAUCUGCUUAUCGAGUCCACAGAUCUUCACUUGCUCUUCGUACUUCUGGCUUAGAUG